CGCAUCUCAACCACAUCCGUCCCGUCUCACUCACUCAAACACAAUGCUCUCCCAAUCUCUGCCCCCAUCACACUCCACUUGCACAGCGCACGCCCCAGUGCCCAAGUGCCAUGCACCAUCAUCUGCCGCUCCAUACACCCCCAUCUCAUCACGACAGACCACUGGCCAGGACGAGUCUCCUGUGAACGCUAGUGCUCCCCAGUGCUGCCACUGCGGUUGGAGAGGCUCGCAUUCUCCAACCUGCCCCUUCCGUUAACCAUCUAUGCCUCUGUAUCUCUCUCUGUCUCAUCUGCUUUUCAUCCCUUCUUGCUUUGAAUGCAUGCACUCGUCGCCGUCAUCAUCAUCUCAUCCCAUCCACCGUUGUAAUACCCCACGUUUGAUAUCGCACCGCACGCGCAGAAGACGUCUAGUUCUGUCGAGGAGUCGCUGGGUUUAAUGGAGGAGGGAGGAGGAGGGAGGAGGAGGAGGUUUGUGUUGCACGAUAUUGAUACUGUAUUACUAGUAUUCUCGCCAUCCAUGGCAGCAUCAUGAUCUCACGUUUCUGACAUAU